CUGUGCCAAUGCCUUCGUACCCGAGCUCGGCCUCCGGGAGUUCCUCCAGCAGCUCAUCCACAUCCCAUUUAGCUUCUCCCCCUUCCCUCGCAGAGAUGCACCAUCUGCAGGAGAAGGUCCUGGCCUCCCCUACCCAGGAUUCUCCCGGCUUCCUGCACGGGUCGAAGGAGUCAGCAGGAAGCAGCAGCAAGAAUUCCUCCUGCGACAUCGAGGACUUCGUUAUGGUACCAGCCCAGUUUUCAAGUGAUAUCGUCGUGGAAGCUGCCGGAGGGAAAGCCAUCCAGGACAGCCUGAUGUGCAGCGGGAGUUCCCUGGUGACUUCAGCAGGUGUGGAAAGUCAGGGGAGGACUCCGUCUCCUUCGCCUCCGUACAGCAGCUCUCCCAGUCCGUCAGGCAGGCCUGGCCAGUUUUCAUCGGGCAGCAAGUACGGGCAUUCGGUCCCCAUCCCGGUCCCUACGCAGAUCCACAACUACAGGCGGAUCGAGCAGAAUCUUCAGUCGCCCAAUCAGUACCCUUCUCCACGGUCCGGUAUGGUCAGGAGGUCAAGUAGCACAAGUCCGCUCGGUUUCACCAAGGCCAGCCCUUCGCCUCCGUUUGUGGCCGGAGAGCAUGGAGCCAUGCCAGGUACCAGGAGGUUCUCCUUUGGCGGCGCAAAGCCUUAUACGCCAUCCCCGCAAGUUGGAACAAUCCCCGAGCAACCGGACCAGACCAUUAUCCCUUCUUCUCUUGGAGCAGAGAUGAGAAGCCGGGUGCCUGUGCCUGGUGCCUCCGUGCCUGACCCUUCCCAGCAAGGGAUGGGCUCUCGCCUCCACAGCGCCCCCAACCUGUCAGAUAUGCAUUCCUGCCGGCAGAAGAUCACCAAGCAAUACUCGGAUCCUUUGGUCGCCCAUUUCAGCCACUCCCCUCAGUUCAGCCACACGCCGGCCGGCCAGCCUGCAUCGGCUCACGGUCUUCAGCCUUGCCGCCCGCUGCGUUCUUCACCAAAGCUCUCUGAGUUUAUGCAGAGGAGCCCCUUGCCGACGAUCAUGGGCUCUCCAACAAAGGCCAUGUCCCCCUUCGAGUUCAACAAAACCCCCAGCUCCCAAAACCUGCUUGCCCUCCUGGCCCACCAGGGUGUCGUGAUUGCCCCAACGCGGAACAAGACUCUUCCGGACCUGAAGGAAAUGGGCCACUUCCACUGCCAGCAGGCGGGCCUCGGCCUGAGGCCAAUGGAAGAAGCCAAGGGCAGAUCGCUCAGUACCGGCCGCCUCACUGACCUCCUGUUGAAGGCUGCUUUUGGGGCCCAGAUCCCUGAAGGCGGCAGCAGCGACAGCUUGAAUAACGAGAAGCCCAUGGAGAUCACAGUUCCUUCAGCUGCCUAUGGAGGGAACUUGCCCUCCGGGGCCAGGGACGGGGGCUCGGCAAGUCCCUCCCCAGUGAUCUUCACGGUUGGAUCCCCUCCCAGUGGGACGACACCACCUCAGACCACCAGGACCAGAAUGUUUUCCGUGGGAUCUUCUAGCUCCUUAAGUUCUGGAGGAUCUUUCAGUGGACGACAUUUAAUCAUGGGAGCCGGCGCCGAUAUGCUGGAAGCCCCAUCGGGGCUCAGGUACACGUUUGCUGACCCCAUCACCGCCAACCUGGAAGGAACAGUCACUUUUGAGGCCCCUGAGCUUCCGGAAGAGACCCUGAUGGAGCAAGAGCACACGGACAUUUUGCGAAGCUUGCGGUUCACUUUGGCCUUUGUCCACUACGUGAUGGAGAUAGCGGCCAUCAAGGGGAGCACGAGCGAGAUGAACAGCUCCGUGGCCUCCGAAUAUCAGCUGCAGGAGAGUGUCGUGGCUGACCAGAUCAGCUUGCUCAGCAGAGAAUGGAGCUAUGCGGAACAGCUGGUGUUGUACCUGAAAGUGGCAGAACUCUUAUCCUCGGGCCUCCAGAUGGCGAUUGACCAGAUCCGGGCUGGCAAGCUGUGUCUCUCCUCCACAGUCAAGCAAGUUGUGCGGAAGCUGAACGAGCUGUACAAGUCCAGCGUGUCGUCUUGCCACUGCCUGAACGUGCGGCUGCAGAGGUGGUUCUUGGAUAAGCAGAAGCUGAUGGACCGCAUCAACAGCAUCACUGCAGAGAAGCUCAUCUUCAGCCAUGCAGUGCAGAUGGUGCAGGCAGCAGCGCUAGACGAGAUGUUCCAUCAUCGAGAGGACUGUGCGCAAAGAUAUCACAAGGCGUUGCUGCUCAUGGAGGGACUCUUGAACAUCAUCACAGAGCAAGGGGACAUUGAGAACAUUAAUAAAUGUAAAAUGUGCAUCGAGCGCCGACUCUCGGCCCUGCUAUCCGGGAUCUGUGCAUGACAGUGAGCCCUUGCCCUGCAGAUCGGCCGCUGUUGGUUUCUCAGGCGCUCUCUGCUGAGAGGGAAAACACAAACUCCAUUCAGACCAGUCUCUGCCGCAUGCGAGGAGAUCCCUUCUGGGUCUGGAUUGCCACUGCUCAUCUUCCCUCUUCAGGAAUGGCAGCGAGGAUGAUCCCGGGCCUUUUGCCACAACGUAAACGGAGAGAGGGGCGCAAAUAGACACCGGGUGGGCAUGCCCCUCUUCCCUUUUGGCAGCAGAUACUGGAUGAAGAAUGAAACGUCCUCCUUCACGUUUCCCCUCCGGAGGAUGGGCUACCACUGGGCUCCACCCCCUUGGUGAGCCGAGAUGCUCUAUCGCUUUGGGCUCCAUUGCUGGCGGUGGAUGCACCAAACACUUUCACUGGUGGACAGAAGGAGUGGGUUGGGGGGGCGUGUCAGUGGUUGGUUAGGAGGGCCAUUCUGCAAUCAGGUCCUCUUUCCUGACUUCGCUGAUAGCCAAUCUCUUGGGGGCUUUCGGAAGAAUUGUCUCUCCUACUGGUUGUCUCCCUCCUCUCAACAUCCAUUCAUGCAUUUCUGUGUUGGCGGCAUGGGAAUAGAAGAGGCGGUCGACGUGGCAGGGGCGGCAAAACAGCAACUCCUCAUUUGCUUGGCCGACUGCAGCUUUUGUCCUCCCAUAGCAAAGCUGGAAUCUGCUUUCAGGACAGAGUGUAAUGGGAAGGGGGCAUUCCUUGCCCGCCACGUGGGAAGAGCAGCCAAGAGAUUUUUUAAAAAAUUUAAAAUAGAUCUUUAUCUACAAACUGUUUGGAGCAGCAGAAGUCAACUGUGAACUGUCUCGCAUCAGCUUCAAGAAGCCAAAAUGUGUUAUAGAUAUUUUCUUCUUCACCCAAAGGGGAAAAUCCUGCCGAUACACGGGUCGAACCCCCAUCCCCUCGUUCCGUUCGCCACGUAUCCAGCAUGAGAAAACAUCUGUGGGGUUUCUAGCUUUUCAGCCGUGGGUCUGGAAUUAAAACCCUCUUUCUGGGGAAGAACACAUACACUCACACAUACACACACAAAAGCUUUGUGAAUCAAAGGAGCACUUUACAGACUGUUUGAACUUGACCUUUGGGCAUUGCAUCCCACCGUGAUCCAAGGACACUGUCGCUUCUCAGAAUACUGUUCUAGUCCUUCUAUCCCUUCUGCCCGUUUGUUGAUAUAUUGUCGGGUUGAUUGGCUGUUGGGUUUGGGUAUUAUUUUUUAAAAGAUUGCACUACGAGUGUGUAUGAGUGUCUGCGCGUAUGUAUAUAUUAAUACGUAUUCCUGGCGUUGAUAUGUAUUAAUGUGUAUAGUAUAUAAUGCGUUAUACGUGUUUUAAUUGUACUGUAUCUUCUGCUUGCAAGGAGGAAGGACAGAAACCAGUCACGCAGCCUGCUUUCUCUCCGGGAUCAGCUGCACUAGUAGAAGAAAUAGUUUGCUUUUAACUUUUUUUAAGGUUGGCUUUCCUCCCCACCCACCCCCAACAGACAGACCGUUGAUAGCUUAGAGACACAUCUUGCCUGCUUGUGAGAUAACAAAAUGUGUUCUUUUAUUUUUGUUUUUAAAAACAAAUCAGAUUUUUUCAAGCUGUGUAUUUUUACCUUCAUCGAUUUUUCUAGGUUCAAAGCAACUACAUAGCCAAAAAGAAAGGAGGUGCGGUGUGUGUGCAUUUUUGUGUGUGCACCUGUAUAACUGUGUGUUGUCUGUGUGGGCAGAGGGUGUUCGGUUGCAUGCUGAUGCGUGAGAGAUGGUCUUGCCUCGUGGGGGGUGUGUUUCAUGCGUGUGGUUUUUAUAGAAUGGAUCUGAUUCACAGCAGUAUUUUUUUUUUCAGGCUGCGAAGCUACCCUUGGCAAGCAAAAAUCUUCACUUUGAAGGUGGGAGGGGGUGUCAGGUGUGUUUAUUUGCACAAGACAGGCAUGGUCAUCCUCAUUUGUUUUCCAGCAUGUCGGCAUAUAUAUAUUUUUUUGGCAUGUUCUUUUCUCUUUGAAAAUAUGCAAGGAACAACCCCAUUGACCUGGGAAGCCGGAGCUAUCCGUGCUGAUAGAUGGACUGGCGCCAGGGAAGAGAAUGCAAAAAAUAAAUAGGUAAACCCCACCCAAGACAACAUCCAGAAGUCUGCAUAACUAGUACGCUUCGUGGAAUCUGCGGCUUGCAACGGCUCCUGUGUGCCGUCUGUGUUGUUGCCCGUUUGGGCCACAGUUUUGUUCUGCGGUGACUCUUGUCAUGCCUAAGCCAUGUUCAGUAAAAGGAAGAGUUGGUGGCCCUUGCGGGUUUCAGAAAGGAUGGUUGGCUGUGCUCGCAAUGCCUUGGACAGGGUUGUUGGACUUCACCCAAGCAUUACAUCGCUAGCACUGCUGCUGUUUGUUGUGGUCGGAUCUACUCAUCGUUUGCCAGUUAUUUUACCAGGCUGAGAGUUGGGAUCACUGUUGCUUAUUGUUUUAUGGGCACCCUCAAAAAGCCCUGCUUUGGCCCGACAAAUCCACACCACCAGGAAGUACAUAACAAGCAAUCUUCCUCUCCAGUUCCUGUUGUUGAUUCUCCGUCUCCCUUCCCUGUGCUUUCUCUCCAUUCUGACGAAUAUAACCAAAUAUUUUAAAAGAUGGCAUGGGGGUUGCAGGGAGAAGCUCACUAAACAAAAGUCAGAGCCUGCUUUGUAUCCAGCAGUCCAUGUACUCUCGUACGUGAUUUAGUCUCUCGUACACGAUUCGGAUUGGAAGACAAAGCCUGGAAGCAUCUUUGGCCUGCCGAAUUCCACCCCCGCCUCGUGGAUGGCCACUAAAAGAAGGACUUCUGCUUGACUGGCAAACCGGAGCUUGUUGCAUAGUUCAAAGUAGCAAACUGUGGUUUGUACUCGGCUGUACUGUUUUGAAAUCAAAGCACGUAGGGAAGGAGGGAGACCAUAGCCUUGGAUCCCAGAUGUACCUACUCCCCUCCCCCCCCAGAGAUUAUAAAAAAUCUUUUCCGGGGGGGGGGGUCAAGGGACCCUCUGAACAGCUCUUGGGGCAAAGUGGUGGAGGAUUCACAGAGGUAGGCUCAUUCCGCACAUGCAGAAUAAUGCACUUUCAAACUGCUUUCAGUGCUCUUUGAAGCUGUGUGGAAUGACAAAAUCCACUUGCAAACAGUUGUGAAAGUGGUUUGAAAAUGCAUUAUUUUGCGUGUGCGGAAGGGGCCGAAGAGUGGAGUCAGUCCCCUCUUCCCCUGAUACAAGGGCCUUCCAUCUCCAGAAGCAGGGUGUAGGAUCCAAGGUUUAGUAUUUCUGUUUUGGUGUAACAAGAAACAAAUAAAACAAACUGGUUUGUCACAAAGGCAGGUGUUAUUAGCCAGCAGGCCAUGCCAGGCUCCUUGGUCUGACAACAAGCCAUUUUGAGUCGUAACACGUGAACGAUCUCUUCGUGUUCCUGUUCUAUUUUAACGUUGAACUGGCGCAUCUUUCCUCUUUGCCUCUAUGUAGUGCAGUUCCUCCACAAAAUUACAUUGGCUUCCCAGGUUGGAAAUGUCUUUGGUCUGCCGCUCAAUUAAUUGCAAUAGGAUUUUAACAUAUUAAUCAGUUACCAAUCAAAUCGGAUUAAAUUUGCAUAGGAAGAAAACCAUCGUUUUGGGGAAACAACCCUCCCUUUUAAAUUAUUGUUCUCCAUAUUGCAGCCACUGCUGUCUUAGAAGAGGCAUUCCCUUCUGUGCGUGCGUGUGUGUGUGUGUGAGGGAGGGAGAAGUGGGUUGCCUCUUCAGAGAUGACACGGAUAAUCUGCAACGUGUUUUUUUCUCAAUGGUGCGCACACAUGCGCUGAAGAAGAGGCACAGGUGGUUUUGAGAAAGCAAAAAAGAAACGCCUCUUCCAAAAUGGCGGUCGCCACCUAUAGUGGUUGUCAAAAAAAAAGUUACGUUUUAGCCCAGCCAGUUAAUCGGGGGUGCCAUUUUAGUCACCUGAAAUCUUUUAAUUUCGCCUAACCAGACCUUUUCAACAUUGCGGCACUGGAGCCAAGUAACAACCUUGUAACGAUAUCUUGGAUUGCUACCGGUUUGAUUUAGUGUGUUGAAAUCCAGCAGGCCUGUAGAACUGAACGUGCAAACUGUCUGGAAAUGCAUAAGGAGCUGACGAAAAUGCAUAAUGAGGUACCCGCAAAUGCAGCCGCCGAAGCCCUCUGCACUGUAAGUUUUUCUUCGCAAUCCUGCAGAUGCUCCCAAUAUCUCUACUAGCUAUGCUGGCAGCUUCUCUCCAGGGUUUGCUUCAAAAAUAAAUACACCCCCCCCCCCCGCCUCCUCUUAAGGAACGACAAGAUGUAGACACUAGCGUUUUUUACAGCUACACGUUUAACUAAACCGCAUCCUUUCUGCCAGCUUGCCACUAACUUUCCAGCUCUCCUUAGUUACUUGAAUGUCUCAAAAUUAUCCGCAUUUGACCUAGGCAUUGCUCUCCCACCCCCACCAACCACGUGGUUUACAGAUGUUGAACCUAUAUAUAAAAAUAUUUCUCAAUACUUGAAAUGUAGCCACUUAUGCUUGGAUUAAAAACAAACAAACGAAGCGAGGCAUCUUUUGCCGCCCGACUGGUGAUUUUAAUUUUUUUCCCUCCCCCCCUAAACUUAACUGCAUGUAGCAUGAAACGAACUUUUCUUUGGGGUGGGGGAGGUGGAAAUAUAGUAUUUAUUGCUUUGUUAAGUAAGGAAUAGACAAGGGGCUUUUUAUAUAUAAAAAAAGAAAACCCAAGCAGAAGUGGCUAUCGUAGUCUAUUCACUAUUGUUAAUGGAGUUGUAACUGUUGUAAAUGUCCGUAUGUAGCGUCUUCAAUUAGAUUUCAAGAAACCUCAAGCGUGUGUAUCUUCAGGUUUGUGAGGAAGUUGUGUGCUGCUUGGUGUUCACAUGGCUACGCUUGACAACGUUGUCCUUUUUUAUCACUAUUUUGUGUCUUGUGAUUUUUUUUUUUUGGCUUUAAAUUGUAUAAUGCCAACUUAAGGAAAUAAAUUGGUUUCUAAUUGU